CAAAGUCUCUUCCCAGUGCUUAUUCUCUCAUCUUUCCCAGAAACAUUCCCAUCAAUCAGUCCUUGACGACGAUGCCGAGCCGAUCGACGGGGGCUAUCACCCAGGACUGGGAGCCGGUGGUGCUGAGCCGGCGGAAGCCGAAGAGCGCGGACCUCAAGAACUCCAAGGCCGUGAACCAGGCCAUCCGGGCGGGAGCGGGGGUGGAGACGUUGAAGAAAUUUGACGGCGGUUCGAACAAGAAGGCGUCGACGGCGGAGCCGGCGGUUCACGCCCGGAAGCUGGACGAGUCGACGGAGCCGGCGGGGUUCGAGAGGGUAGGGGCGGAGGUGCGGCAAGCCAUCCAGAAGGCGCGGCUUGCAAAGAAGAUGAGCCAGGCGGAGCUGGCCAAGCACAUCAACGAGCGCGUGCAGGUGGUGCAGGAGUACGAGAGCGGCAAGGCCGUUCCCAACCAGGCCGUGCUCGCCAAGAUGGAGAGAGUCCUUGACGUCAAACUGAGGGGAAAGACACACAGCCACAAAUGAUGCCGAUAUGGUGGGUACCUUGUAGGGUGAUUCGCUGUUGCUGGAACUGCAAUUGAUGUAAUAUGGGUAGAUAUAUCAGUUAUCAUCACCAAACAAACACCGUCUACAUGAUUUUUCUGUUUUUCUUGUGAAUAGUAUCCAAAUAUAUUGCUAUCUUCUCAAA